UUGACCUGUGUGUCAUAUACAUCCGAUUUUUUUUUUAUGUCUACAUGCCGGGUAAACAAAAAAGAUGUCUUCAAGAUACGAUCGUGCAAUCACUGUUUUCUCUCCGGAUGGACACCUUUUUCAAGUCGAAUAUGCACAAGAAGCAGUGAAAAAAGGAUCUACAGCUGUGGGUGUUCGUGGCAAGGACAUUGUAGUUCUUGGUGUUGAGAAAAAGGCUGUUGCAAAACUACAGGAAGAUCGUACUGUUCGCAAGAUCGCUCUUUUAGAUGAUCAUGUUGCACUGGCUUUUGCAGGUCUGACUGCUGAUGCUCGUAUCUUAAUAAACCGGGCCAGAAUAGAAUGUCAGAGCCAUAAACUGACUGUGGAGGAUCCUGUCACUAUAGAGUACAUCACAAGAUACAUCGCUCAGCUCAAACAGAAAUACACGCAGAGUAACGGUAGACGUCCAUUUGGUCUCUCAGCACUGAUUAUAGGCUAUGAUGAUGGACCACAUUUGUACCAGACUGACCCCUCAGGGACCUACCAUGAAUGGAAGGCCAAUGCUAUUGGUCGAAGUGCAAAGACUGUUAGGGAAUUCCUGGAGAAGCACUACACAGAUGAGCUAGCCGCUGAUGACAAGGAGUGUAUUAAACUGGCCUUGAAAGCCUUGCUGGAGGUCGUCCAAACUGGAGGCAAAAAUGUGGAGCUCUCCAUCAUGAAACGUGGCCAGCCUUUGACGUUGAUAGAAGCAGAUGAAAUUGACAAAUACCUGGCAGAGAUAGAGAAGGAGAAAGAGGAGGAGGCAGAAAAGAAGAAGUCCAAAAAGACCACAUCUUAGACUGCACUUCUUUUGUUGUAGUGUGGUAAAAUAGGACAGUUAUGAGUUCCACAGGGGUAGUAAAGAAGGAUGGACCUCUUUAUGCUUAUUUAAUUCUCAUUAGAUUUUUGAAUUGAAUUAUUGAUCCAAUUAUUAAAAAUUCGAGUUAAAUUAGCUCAUUUUGAAACACUCUUCAUUACUUGGUAGACUGUUCUACUUUUAAAGACACCAGAGAAAUAGAAACAUCAACUUUGACGUCAUGAAAACAAACAGAAAUUGUUAUUUUUGCUUCAAUAUUUUGUUUGUGAAAGUGCUAUAAAGAAUUAGAGUAUUUGUUCAAUUUAUAUAUUACUGUAUUAAUUAUUCAUAAUGGUAUACAUAUAACUGAAUUUGAAGACCCAGUUGUUCAUUUCUGGAACUACAGUGUAGUGCUAAAAGAGUUCUAUGUCCUUUUCAAUUGAUGAUGUGCAUCCCUACAUCAUGUCAUUAAAUAUGACUUCAAAAGUAUUUGUUGUAUCGUUUAUGCUUAUUGAAUAUGUGAAAAAUAAUUAAAUUACUUUAGAUCAUAA